UAUUUCAUCAGCCAUCUGCCCAGGAACUAUCUUUUGCAUCUCUGUAGAUUGUUCUAGAGGCGAAGAAAGUUUUGUGGUGAAUAUUGUCAUUGUAGCUUUUAUAUUAAAAUAUGUACCGUCUGCCAAGUGUUUUGCGCUCUGUGGCGGCAUUACACAUUUGCCCGGCGAGGCUGUACGCCAAAGAUGUACGCUUCGGUCCAGAGGUUCGUGCGUUAAUGCUUCAAGGAGUGGACAUUUUGGCAGACGCUGUAGCAGUCACAAUGGGGCCAAAGGGCCGGAACGUCAUUCUGGAGCAGUCGUGGGGCAGCCCGAAGAUCACCAAGGACGGUGUGACCGUGGCGAAAGGUAUCGAGCUGAAGGACAAGUUCCAGAACAUUGGGGCGAAGCUGGUGCAGGACGUAGCGAACAACACCAACGAGGAGGCAGGGGACGGCACGACGACGGCCACCGUGCUGGCGCGGGCCAUCGCCAAGGAGGGCUUCGAGAAGAUCAGCAAGGGUGCCAACCCCAUCGAGAUCAGGAGAGGCGUGAUGAUGGCCGUGGAUGCAGUGAAGGAUAAACUGAAGGAAAUGUCUCGUCCUGUCACCACACCAGAGGCAAUUGCUCAAGUUGCAACUCUUUCUGCCAAUGGGGACAGAAACAUUGGCCAGUUGAUUUCUGAUGCAAUGAAGAGGGUUGGCAAGGAGGGUGUGAUAACGGUCAAGGACGGCAAGACGUUGCACGACGAGCUGGAAGUAAUAGAAGGAAUGAAAUUUGAUAGAGGCUACAUUUCACCAUAUUUCAUGAACACCACUAAAGGUGCCAAGGUGGAGUACCAGGAUGCCCUGCUGCUGCUCAGCGAGAAGAAGAUCUCUAGCGUGCAGACAAUCAUCCCCGCGCUGGAGCUGGCCAACUCCUUGCGCAAGCCGCUGAUAAUUGUUGCCGAGGACGUGGACGGAGAGGCGCUGAGCACCCUGGUGGUCAACAGACUGAAGAUAGGGCUGCAGGUGGCGGCCGUGAAGGCCCCGGGGUUCGGGGACAACCGCAAGGCGACGCUGCAGGACAUCGCCGUGGCGACGGGGGCGAUCGUGUUCGGGGACGAGGCCAACCUGGUCAAGCUGGAGGACGUGCAGCAGUCGGACCUGGGACAGGUCGGCGAGGUCGUCAUCACCAAGGACGACACGCUGCUGCUCAAGGGUAAAGGUUCGAAGACUGACAUAGACCGGCGAGCAGACCAGAUCCGCGACCAAAUAGAAAACACAACCUCCGAUUAUGAGAAGGAGAAACUGCAGGAGCGGUUAGCCAGGCUGGCCUCCGGCGUCGCAGUCCUCAAAGUCGGUGGAUCGAGCGAGGUAGAGGUCAAUGAGAAGAAGGACCGGGUGAACGACGCCCUGAAUGCAACAAGGGCAGCUGUAGAGGAGGGCAUAGUGCCGGGGGGAGGGUGUGCCCUGUUGCGCUGUAUCCCCACCCUCGACAACCUAAAGGUCGCCAACGAGGAUCACCAGACAGGUAUCAGCAUAGUGCGGAAAGCCCUGCGCAUGCCAUGCAUGCAGAUAGCAAAAAACGCAGGGGUGGAUGCCUCUGUGGUUGUGUCAAAGGUAGAGGACUUGGAGAAGGAUCAUGGCUACGAUGCCCUGAAUAAUGAGUACACAAACUUGAUUGAGAGGGGCAUCAUUGACCCUACAAAGGUGGUGAGAACGGCGCUGACGGACGCGGCGGGAGUGGCUUCCCUCCUGACGACGGCGGAGGCUGUGGUGACCGAGAUCCCCAAGGAGGAGGCCCCAGCGGCAGCGGGCAUGGGCGGCAUGGGUGGGAUGGGCGGCAUGGGAGGCAUGGGUGGCAUGAUGUAGACUGACACUGCGUGGGCGGUGUAGUAACAAGUUUUUAGAGACAGUACUGUGCGUGCAACCAAUUUGGUCACUCGAGUCUUGCCUGUUACUGGAUCACAAAAUAAUCUCAUUUGUGCAUUGUUUUACUGGAGUGACAUUCUAGUGCAGCUGUUGGUGUUUCGAGUCAUCGGUGCGCUUCUUAGUCAAGUUGGACAUGUACUAGUUUUUUUUUUAUUUACUCUUGUUUCAGAAUUUAUGGUCUAAGAUAACAAAAAAAAUGUUCAUCACCGCAACACUUCACUACUACAUUUUCUCCAGUCAUUAACUUGUGUUUAUUCAUUCCAUGUGAUCAGAUGUUAACUAUGAAGAAAAACUAGUGACUGUCUGGAUGACGAACGCAGGUUUACGGAUGUGUUUUUAAGUGAAUGUGCAAGUGUAAUGUGUAUGCUGUUCCAGUUUUGUGUUCGAAUGCAGAGUAGUUACUUUUUCAUGAUUGUUUGUCUUUAUAAGUUUUUGUUAUAAAAUAAACAGCUAUAUUUACAUAAAAUA